CGAGAGCACUCAGCACUGAGCAGGCUGCAGGACCCAUCAUCUAGGUACAGCCUCAGGUACUAGGACAGUAGGACAGUCUACAGAGCAUGGCAUUGGCAACGGCAGGGGGAAAGGAGACAACCAAGAAUGGCGGUAGUAUGAAAGGCAAUAGCUACCUAGCACCUGGCGACGACCUGCCACCUCUCCUUCGCGGCGGUCUUCAAAUCUCCUGGCCCAAGAGGACCCCGCAAACCAUGUCCCAAAACCCUGCAGGCUUGGCCGCCACAGAACGUUCCCCGCUGGCUGUGCUUGGCCGCUUUUGGCGUCUCCUGAUGGCCUGGUUCCAAGCCGUCUUUGCUAAGCUGGGGGGAAAGCGAACAGACGCGUCAGACCCCAACUUGGUCUCUCUUUCGGACGGUUCGCAGCUGCUGUCCGGACGGUCCGGCUCGGGGGGGGAUGGCUCGUACACAAUGGAAGACCUCCCCCCUGAGGUUCUAGCGAGGGUUUUAGCGUUGGUCCCUGCGCGCCAGCUGGCGCAGUGCAGCGCGGUAUGCAGGCUGUGGCGCCAGGUGGCGGCGGCUGAUUCGCUGUGGGAGCGUCACUGGGAGCGAGAUGAGAAGGGUUACGAGGCGGGGCCGUAUGCGGAAAAGUAUCUGAGGCUGGGGCGGCGGGCCAUCUCUGCUCACCCGCCCCCGCUGCCGCCCCGCCUCCAAACGUUUGCGGCGCGGUGCCAGCUGCCCCGAUGCGUCGUGGUGGAUGCGGGCUCAGGGUACUGCAAGUAUGGCUGGAGCGAGCAGCUGCGGCCCCAGGGAACGGUGCCCACCUUCCUGGAAUUUGGCAACAUUGAGAGCCCGACGCUGCCACGCCUCAAGAAGCUCUACUCUGCGGUGUUCAACAGUCUUGGCGCUAAGGCACCCCAGCAGCCCGUCAUCAUCUCGGAGCCGCUCUGCUACAACGCAGACCCCGAGGCAUCCCGGCAGCAGCGGCGGUCGUUCCGGCAGAUGACGUGCGAGGUGCUCUUCGACAAGCUCAAGGUGCCGGCCAUCUGCUCCGUGGACCAGGCGUUUUUGGCUCUCACGGCGGCCCAGAUGCGAUCCGGUAUUGUGGUGAACAUCGGGUUCCGGAACACGACGAUCCUGCCUGUGCUCAACGGGCGGCCGCUCCGGCCGCUGACGUCAGGCCUGCUGGCGCUGGGCGCGAUGCGGCUGACGACCGUGCUGAGCGACCUUAUGGACCGGGCGCAUUUACACUACAUGAGCAUGUUCACAGUGCGUACCAUCAAGGAGGAGCUGUGCUACGUCGCUCAGAACUACGACGAGGAGAUGGACAAGCCGCUAACCAAGGCGAGCUGCGACGUGCGCGGCGAGGGCGUCUUUGACCUGGACCAGCAGCGCUUCCAGGCGCCGGAGAUCCUCUUCCAGCCCGCACUCUGCGGCAGCCCGCAAGAGGAGGGCCUGGCCCAGCUGGUGGCCACGUGCAUGGAGAAGUGCGCCAAAGUCCCCGUCGCAGACCCCGAAGACGCCGGCUGGUUCCAGAACGUGCUGCUCAUGGGGGGGUCCGCCUGCAUCCCCGGCCUACCAGAGAGGCUGCAAAAGGACGUGACGUCACUCGUCCCCUCCAACCUGCGCUCGCAUGUGCGCGUUAUCCCCCCCACGCACGGCCCGCACGCGCCCUGGUUCGGAGCCAAGGUCAUCAGCAACCUGAGCACGAUGCCCGGGGCAUGGUGCAUCACCCGGGAGCAGUACCACAAGCUCGGGAUGGACUUCGUGCACGCAAUGAGCUGCGACGACGACUAGGCGCCCGCGUUUCCCGCCGCAUUCGCGCACUUAGGCUUAAUCACUGUAAAUCUUAGGCCGCCCCGCAUUUGUCAGCACGUGCUCCAUAGGAGCUGAGCGCUGCAGUGCUUUGAAAGACAGCCUCCCUUAAUGGGGCAAGAAUUGCGCGUUGCUUGUAUGUUGGAGGGUCGUUGGAUGGUUCAAAGGAUGGCAAGGUCGCAAAUAUACGGCGAGCUGGGUACUGAAGCUUUCGCAGGUUGAGGAGUCGUGAAAUUGUGUCGAUUGACGGCCAGGACAGCCUCAUUUCGUUUGGCUCCGUUUGUAAGUUCCAUGCGUACUAGAAUUUCAGAACAGAAUGCUGGAAUUUCAUCACCAAUUCGUGUACUGCCACGUGCUACUACAGCGUUACAAAAACAUUCACUAAGAGAACGAUACUUGGCAAACGAAUACUGGCUUUGCAAGGCCCGGCUCUGCAAAUCAUUUAGCCGUAGGGGGGUGAGAACGAACCCUUGUGACAAUCUGGCGCGUUGCUUCCAAGUUCAUGCACAGCAGGGGAAGACGAGAAUUUUUUUUGCCAAAUGAGCUAUGUGGGC